AUGGCUGAACAACCCCCUCCCGAAAUGCCUCCCCAACCCCCUCCCCAGAAUACGGUAGUUGAUUUCGAGGGUCCAGAUGAUCCUUACCAUCCGCUUAACUGGUCUUUCCGAAAGAAGGUGAUGACAACAAUGUUGUACGGGCUCACGACAUGUUGGAUCACAUUCGCGUCUGCUAUUUUCUCCGCGGCAAUCGAACCAGUGAAGAAAGAAUUCCACGUCAACUCAGAGACUGCGGCUUCUGGCGUUAGUCUGAUUGUUUUUGGCUUUGGUCUAGGACCUCUGAUAUGGGCACCGCUGAGUGAGGUUUACGGUCGGAAAUGGGUUGUCAUUGUUCCUUACUUUGUCGCCGCUGCAUUUUCCUUUGGAUCGGCAACAGCCAAAGAUACUCAAACACUUCUCAUCACUCGAUUCUUCGCCGGGUUCUUCGGUAGCGCGCCCGUGACAAACACCGGAGGUGUCCUGGCCGAUAUCUGGGCCCCUCAACAGCGUGGAAUUGCGAUUGUCGGAUAUGCCCUCACUCUUGUCGGUGGACCAACCAUUGGGCCGAUCGUCGGUGGGGCCCUUGUAUCAAGCUCUCCGGGUUGGCGUUGGACGGAAUACUUAACAGGAAUCCUGAUGGUGUCUCAGAUCGUCCUCGAUCUCUUGUUGAUCGACGAGAGCUAUCCUCCAGUCUUGCUCAAGUACAAAGCUCGUCGGUUGCGAUUCGAAACAAAGAAUUGGGCGUUACAUGCCAAGCAUGAGGAGUGGGAUGUCUCAUUUAAAGAGUUGCGUCAAAAGUAUCUUAUUCGUCCUUUCCAGAUGCUGGCCACUCCAAUCUGUUUUUUCAUGAGUGUUUAUGCUGCCUUUGUAUACGGUAUUCUGUACGCGAAUCUUGAGAGUUUCUCUAUUGAAUUUCAACAAAUUCGAGGUUGGAGUACCGUGAUCGGCAAUCUCCCGUUUCUUGCCCUGCUUACCGGUAUCCUCUUCGCCGCCGCUCUCAACAUCUACAAUAACAGGUAUUACUUCAAGCAAUUCCAAGCCAACAACAACAGACCUGUUCCGGAGGCUCGUCUACCUCCAAUGAUGCCUGGAGGAAUUGCCUUCACAGCUGGCCUUUUCCUUUUUGCUUGGACAUCUAAGACGACCAUAAACCCCUGGCCUUCCAUCAUUGGAAUUGGUCUGACUGGGUUCGGAUUCACAACGAUCUUCCAAGCUUCACUCAACUAUUUGAUCGAUACUUUUACUCGCUACAGUGCCAGCGCCGUUGCUGCGAACACCUUCUUGCGGUCCAUUACGGCGAGCGCGUUCCCUCUAUUCGUCAUUCCCAUGUAUGAUAAGAUUGGUGUUGACUGGGGCACUUCAGUGUUUGGAUUUUUUGCGGCUGCUUUGAUUCCUGUUCCAUUCUUGUUUUUCUUUUGGGGAGAAAAGAUCCGUGCUCGUGGCGAGUGGAGCAAGCACACUGUUUAG